GAGGCGGCCCGAGAUGCCCCGGCCACUGUGAACGGUGCCACCCGCCAGCACACGCUCAGCUCCGGACACGCUCUGCUCUGCGCGCCCGCGACAAGUACCGAGUAGAGAGAGCGGCGAGCGCGGUAAAGGCCACCUAGCAUUGGCAGGGGUGGCCAGCCGGUGCAGCGCAGGGUCACUACUCAGUCUGACUCGGGCUGGCACUGGCGGCUAGGGAUGUCGUCCUGGACCAGAUGGCAUGGACCCGCCAUGGCGCGGCUCUGGGGCUUCUGCUGGCUAGUCGUGGGCUUCUGGAGGGGCGCUCUGGCCUGUCCCACGUCCUGCAAAUGCAGCGCCUCUCGGAUCUGGUGCAGCGAACCUUCUCCUGGCAUCAUGGCAUUUCCGAGGUUGGAGCCUAACGCUGCAGACCCUGAGAACAUCACUGAAAUUUACAUUGCAAAUCAGAAGAGGUUAGAAAUCAUCAACGAAGAUGAUGUUGAAGCUUACAUGGGAUUGAAAAACCUAACAAUUGUGGAUUCCGGACUAAAAUUUGUGGCUCAUAAAGCGUUUCUGAAAAACAGCAACUUACAGCACAUCAAUUUUACCCGAAAUAAACUGACGAGUUUGUCUAGGAAACAUUUCCGUCACCUUGACUUGUCUGAGCUGAUCCUGGUGGGAAAUCCAUUUACAUGCUCCUGUGACAUUAUGUGGAUCAAGACUCUCCAGGAGACUAAAUCCAGUCCAGAAACUCAGGAUUUGUACUGCCUAAAUGAAAGCAGCAAGAAUAUUCCCCUGGCAAACCUGCAGAUACCCAACUGUGGUUUGCCAUCAGCGAAUCUGGCUGCACCUAACCUCACUGUGGAGGAAGGGAAGUCUGUCACGUUAUCUUGCAGCGUCGCAGGUGACCCAGUUCCGAAUUUGUUCUGGGAUGUCGGUAAUCUGGUUUCCAAACACAUGAAUGAGACAAGCCACAUGCAGGGCUCCUUAAGGAUAACUAACAUUUCAUCUGAUGACAGCGGAAAGCAAAUCUCUUGUGUAGCAGAAAAUCUUGUAGGAGAAGAUCAAGAUUCUGUCAACCUCACUGUACAUUUUGCUCCAACUAUCACAUUUCUCGAAUCUCCAACCUCAGACCACCACUGGUGCAUUCCAUUCACUGUGAAAGGCAACCCCAAACCAGCGCUUCAGUGGUUCUAUAACGGGGCAAUACUGAAUGAGUCCAAAUACAUCUGUACUAAAAUCCAUGUUACCAAUCACACGGAGUACCACGGCUGCCUCCAGCUGGAUAAUCCCACUCACAUGAAUAAUGGGGACUACAAGUUAGUAGCCAAGAAUGAGUAUGGGAAGGAUGAGAAACAGAUUUCUGCUCACUUCAUGGGCUGGCCUGGAAUCGAUGAUGGUGCAAACCCAAAUUAUCCUGAUGUAAUUUAUGAAGAUUAUGGGACUGCAGCGAAUGACAUCGGGGACACCACGAACAGAAGUAACGAAAUCCCUUCCACAGACAUUGCUGACAAAACCGGUCGGGAACAUCUGUCGGUCUAUGCUGUGGUGGUAAUUGCAUCUGUAGUGGGAUUUUGUCUGCUGGUGAUGCUGUUUCUGUUGAAGUUGGCAAGACACUCCAAGUUUGGCAUGAAAGGUUUUGUUUUGUUUCAUAAGAUCCCCCUGGAAGGGUAGCUGAAAUAAAGGAAAAGACAGAGAAGGGGCUGUGUGCUUGUGGGUUGUCGCUGCCUCCUAAGCUGGACUCUCGGGACGGGCGUUGGCCUCCCCCGGGAAGUGCCGCUUGUCUGGGGUUUUCUGGUGGAUGUGAGUGGUGCUUGCACAGCGCCCGCGGAUGCUGUGAGCUGUGACUGCGGACACCAGCGCAGAGGCAGCUCACAGGCCGCUAAGCACAAACUCGAGAAAAUGUCUUAAAUCAAUGCUUCUCUUUUGUUCUUACAAUCAUUCAAAUAUGAAACUGAAAUGAAAUUCCAUUGGAUUAUGCUCCUCUUCUGAAAAGUGUGCUGUUUGACCAUACUGGAAAUGUACUGAUUUUUAUUGUUUCUGUUUAUUAAAGAUGAACUGCAAAGGUAAAAAAAAAUUAAAUUUAGGGACGGGUUUAAGGGCACACUAAACAUUUUAAUCUCCUUUUAACACGUAUUUUAGCAUCGUUUUCUGUUGUUGUUCAAUCAGUACUGAAUUCAGAAAGUUUCACUUUUCCACCUACAACACAGUGACUGAAAGAGUUAAGAGCACGUACAACGUCACUGUGGGAACUCGGUGAUGUCACUGAAGGUCCAGAGUCAUGCAAUCAAUGUAAUGAUUCCCUUCAAGUUUAUCAUCAGGCAAAAAAGAAACCACAAAAAAGAAGCUGUUUGGUGGGGGCUAUGGACUUAGGUUAGGCAUGGUCGGCUUCCGAAUCACUGAACAAGAGCAUGUGUGCAUAUGGUGCAUUUGUCCUUUCACUUGCCCUCCGCCAUCCACGUGCUUUUUAGAAGUUUGCUGAGUGAGGAGGCCGCAGCAUCCCAUGCUGUUCCCGUGAAGACCUGCAGCUUUUCUACUCUGAAAAGGCCUGCGGGCAGAAUGGCUGGCCUGCUGCGAGCAGGAGAUGGUGUUCUAAGAGGGGUAGUCCCCUACCACAUACUGCCCCGCUGCUGGGUUCUCGCGGCCAGGGCAGCUCUUUCUGACCCCAGCAGCACAGAGGGGGCAGAAGGCUAGUGAACGUGUGCUUUAUAACGUCCAGCUUCAUUGCUGAGAGGGCAGCCUCAGAGCCACAGAACCCCACCUCCCUGCCUUAGUCUUACCAUGGACACCUGUGUCACUUGCUCGACCAUCGCAGUGACCUCGGUCCGCUUUGCUCAGUCUGCGCCAAGCAGUAGCCCUGUCCUGAAGGCAGGCGUGGCUGCCCCUGCCCCACCUCACCGCACACCUUGCUUGUUAGGGGGACUUCAGAGCCGGGCCUGGAGCAUUUCAUUUGAAAACACAAUCCGCUCUGACUAUUCAGGCACGCACACAGACGCCAUGGCCGAAUUGGAAACUU